AUGACCACUAAAUAUAAUGCUUUACCAAUGUUUUAUAUGACAAUCUUUACAUUAAUAUUAAUGAUUGUGACAACAAUGUGUGAUUGGAGAAUUAUUAUUUUAAACAGAAAAAUAAAGAAUUUAACCAAAAAUUCAGCAAAAUAUAGUUUAAGCCAAAAUUUUCAAUUAAACGAAAAUACACUUUCUAUGCGUUUAAUUCUUCCUCUCGAUUUAUCUUAUGCUUUAUUUUAUUCCUUUUACAUUGUAUUUGCUAUUAUUCUUCGAGCAUAUAAAUCUUCAAUGCCAAUUGCCCAAUAUAUUUUAUUUUAUAAUGUUGAUGAUACGUUUUUAUUUGUACAUAUUGCUAUUACAUUAAUUGUUUAUAUUAGCUUUGUUAAUUAUAUCAAGAAAUGCAAAAACAGGAUUACAAAAAAUAUUUUUGCACAAGAACAGGCUAAAAUACAUUUUAAACAAUUACAAGAAUUUUGGAGAUAA